AUGGCGGAGCUGCACAACUGGGACUUCACAAACCUGGACGCUGUCGGAGCGAGUAGGAAUGUCGUAGAUGACCCGAUCGGCUUCCGGAUGAACAUGGACGACAAUGCCGCUAAGAGCAAGAGCAAGACCACGAACACAGAGUUGCUUGAGAAAAAGGCCUGGGAGCUGGCCAUCGCCCCGAUACAGUCCGUGGGCAUGAACCUGUUCAUGUUGUGGAUGAGCGGAUCCUCCCCGGGCAUCUUCACCAUCAUGAUUUUGGGCUACUGCGUGCAGAAUAUAGUCGGGCAGUUCACCAAGAUGAACACCGUGUUCUUGCCUUACAAGUCGAUCAACACCACCCUGCAGAAGAUGGCAUACCUGGGCCUCUGCUUGGUCUCCCUCGCAUAUCUGCUGUACCAUGCGUCCGGCAUGGGCGUGCUCCCGACCUCCACAGGCGACUGGAUCGCUUACAUCCCCAACGACGAGAUCGUCGAGAGGGCAACUGGAGUCAUGAAGUGA